AUGUCUCUACAAAGUUUAAGAAAUAAACCUAGAAGGCCUUUUUGGAAACUUCCCCAACAUCGUUUACCAGUACUAUCUCUUUACAAAUCUUUACUUAAAAUAUCCAAAUCAUUUCCCGAUGAACUUCAUCAAAAGUAUUUAUUCUACCAUAUUCGUCAAAAAUUUAGGUUAAGGAGGCACGAAACUUCAAUAACCAAGACCAUUGAAUAUUUAUCAGAGGCUCAAGAGUGUAAAUCUACUAUAAUAAAAGCGCUUAACGGAGAUACGGAAGCUUUCCAACAUAUUGAUGACUUAACAUGGGGUAGAAAAGGGAGACUUAAAGAAGUUCUGGAUAUCUUGGAAAAUUGGAAGAAGCCUAAGUUGCAUAAAUUCGUCAAGGAUACACGGACUUAUGGUAAUCGCGCACGUGAUCCUCAUCCAGCUUAUAGAAUUCCUUUAGACAAACGUUUAUAUACUCCUCCAGAAUACAAAGAACCAAUAAAAAUAUUUCCAAAGAAAAAACAUCCUUUUAGACCAAACUUAAGGAAAUAUACAGUAAUUACUCAGUUGGGUUAUAAACUUUGGAGGGUUCGAGGAUGGAAACAACCCACUUGGAUUUCCUUGAUGAUGAAUAAACGUAUAAAAGCACAUCAGAGGCGUAUUGAUAGAUAUCAUCAACUGGAAGAACAACUUGAAAUGGUUAGAUUAGAACAACGCAUACUUCGAAUGUUAGACCCAACUUUAGUUCUAGAGGAAAAAGAAUUUGAAAAGAGAAUACUUAGUGAAUUAGGCGAAAGCAAAAAGUAUCAUGAUAGAAUACUUAAGAUGCAAGCAAAAAAAGAAGAAUUAGAUGAAGCAGACAUAUAG